CGGCCGUCAGCUGAUCGGCUGCCUGCUCGCCCGCUAGCCCCACCUGCCCUGUGCGCCCCGUGCUGCGCUCCGCUGUCCGACGUCCCGACCCGCCGCGCCAACUCCACUCGAAUCGAAUCGAACCGACUGUCAUCGAUCAUGACGAAUCGCUCCGUGUUCGCCCGAGGCCUGCUGGUCGCCACGUUGUCGGUGCUGGCGCUCGCCGCCGCCGCGGCGGCCGCCACAGAGAGCAGCGAAGGCGACGGCGACAAGAGCGGCCCGGCCGCCGCGCCGGUCAGCACGGAGGCUCCAGCCCAGGCGGUCGCGGAUCCCGGCUCCAGCUCCAGCACGGUGGUCCCGCCGCCUCCGGCCGCCGACAGCGCUGCUGCGGGGUCCGACACUUCCAGCGUCGCCGUGCCCAAUGACGUCAUCAGCAGCGGGAGCGCCAGGGAAGGCGCCGCCAGUCUCGCCGAUGCUCGUUUCAGCGCCGGCCGGCCGGAGGCUGGCGGCCGCAGCAGCGCGGUGAGCGGCCGCAGCAUCAGCAGCGCCAGCGGCAGCCCCGCCUCCUGGAACAGCGCCGUUCCAGCUCCAGCGCCCGCUCCGGUGCCGGCGGCGGACGCCGGCCAGUUCCACAUCCAGACGGACGAGGGCCCCGAGCGCUACUUCCGCUACCAGACGCAGAGCGGCCAGUACCGCAAGGAGAAGCGCCUGCAGGACGGCUCCGUCGUCGGCUCCUACGGCUGGAUCGGCGCCGACGGCGUCCUCCGCCUCCGGGACUACGUCGCCGACAACUCGGGGUACCGCGUGGUGCGCACCAAGUCGGUGUACGUGGGACGCGAUGAGCCGAUCGGCAGCGCGCUGGCCAAGAGCAAGUCUGCGCCCUCGCAGGGCGGCACCAGCUACCGCGCGCCCAUCGCCACAGCGCCCCCCACCCCGGCGCCGCUGCCCCUCUCCACGCCGCAGCAGGAGCCAGUCAGGCGGCCCGCCCUGGGCUACUCAGCUCCCGCCUUCAGCUUCAGCCCGCCGGCGUCGGUCAUCUACCCUGGCUACCAGCCCAUCUCGUCCAACGCUAUCCAGCCGCAGUACUCCGGUCUGCCGAGCAACUACCAGUACCAGACGGCGUCGCCGCCGGCGGCGGACCGCUACGACAACGCGGCGGCCGGCUACUACCAGAACACUGUGCAGCCGCCCGUGCAGGCGCACACGCAGUUCCCGCUCUAUGACGGCAUCGCCACCACGCAGAACGGCUUCAGGUACUACCUGCCCCGUCAGUACCAGGAGGAGGAGACGCUGUCGCAGGACCGGCGAGCGGGCAGCUUCGGUUACAUCGACCCGUUCGGCAUCCGGCGCGUCAUCUACUACAACACGGCCCCAGACACCGGCUUCGUCCACCGCAAGAACAAUCGAUACGUCGGCUUCGACGCGACGCCCUACGACCCCCGCUUCUGAGCGCUUCGCCGGAUCCAGUAGUAGCUCUCCUGGAAAUAUGGCCCUCGUCUGCCGGACACUUGUUCUUUAUUGCUGCUGUUAUACCCGCUUUCGCAAAGGCAAAACGCCCAAAGUUGUUACGUUAGUAUUCGAGAGUUUCCGAGAUCAUAUUUUUCACCUUCCCUCCUUCUGUUCAUUCGCAAGUAUUUGAGGUGAUUGAUAGAAGAUACCACGGUCUCUGACAAUGCCCUCUGCUACAGCUUUGUUUAUUUAUUUAUUUUCAUGUGGCCUUCAAAUUUUCUCUGAGUUUACAGCUAAGGCGGAUAUAGUGCAGUACAAAUCUUCGAUUAUUUUAAUCGAGACGAUAAUGGUGUAUUGAGGAAAACGCAAACUUGCAAUAUGUAAACUACGUUCUCAUAAUUCACUUAGCUUUUGGCAGUGCUAUACCAUAUCACAGGAGAAUCAGUUUUGUUAAAUGCCAAUGAUAGCUUUACAAAGACUAUAUAUUAACACGACCGCUUUAAUUCCUAGACCUUUACCAAGAGCUCCGUCACAACACAACUCCUGUUUGGCUGAGCACGUACUAAUGGCCUAAGGCCCAAACGUAAUUAUGCACUUUUCGUGCUACUGGAACUGUCAGUAAUAAAACUGAUAACGACAGUUGUAGAUGCCCAAGUCCGAUAUGAGAAUCGUGGUGUAAAAAAAAAAACUAACAAGAGAAUCUGUUCCCAGUUUCGCGUCCCUUUUCGUACAUAACGAAAUAAAUAUAAAUCUUUUCCUUUUUUGAAGUCAGUGUUUCGAAAGGUUUAACGCCGUCCAGCUCUUUUUAUCUUGGAUAGCUCUAUGCAUCUCUAAAAUCUUGCUACAAGCUACAUCCACCAGAAUAUGUAUUAAAUAUUUCGCAUUUCGAUUUUUAUCUUCUUCAAGAAUUUUAGUCCAUCGUCACGUUAGCUAUCUUGGAUGCACCAGCUGUCCUUCACUUUGGUAACUGUCUUCUAGACUUCUAACCUAGAUUAUUCUUUUUUCUACCUCUUAUUUUCUUAGUAUAUCUGCCUAUCUGAUUUUUAACAUUGUUCCAUACCACUGCAUUCCAAAUCAUCUCAGUUUCUUCUUGUGUGAACUGCUUAUGAUCUGUGUUUGACAGACAUGUACAGUUUCAGAAACAUCAUCGUCUGUUCUGUGACAAUAUUUGACGGCAUACUCUCUCUUUGACUGAAGAGUGUUUCGUUUUCCGCCCAUAAUCUACUUCUGAUUUGUUACGUGCUUCAACCACCAGGUCUAAUUUUGUUUUCUUGACAGCGUGAUUCACUCGCUUCAUCUAUUACUGCAUCUUCUCGGAAUAUGUAGUUACCAUAUUCACUAUAGCUCUAUGCAUCUCUCAAAUCUUGUUACAAGCUACAUCCACCAGAAUAUGUAUUAAAUAUUUCGCAUUUCGGUUUUUACCUUCUUCAAGAAUUUUCGUCCAUCGUCACGGUAGCUAUUUUGGAUGCACCAGCUGUACUUCUCUUUGGUAACUGUCAUCUAGACUUCUAACCUAGAUUAUUCUUUCUUCUACCUCUUAUUUUCUUAGUAUAUAUGCCUAUUUGAUUUUUAACAUUUUUCCAUACCACUGCAAUCCAAAUCCUCUCAGUUUCUUCUUGUGUGAACUUCUUAUGAUCUGUUCCAUUGUUUUUUAUAUAUAUUUCCUCCUAUCUCUGUUAUUAACUCACAUUUAUAUGCAACGUAGCCUGUCAAUUCUAAGUGUUCUCUGCUUUCCGCCAAAAGGCCGUUGGUAUCUCUGCAUCAUGACAAUACAACUUGCAAAUUCAUCGCUCAAAAAUUAUCAAGCUGGUUUUCUAAUCAUUGGUCCUACAAAUUCUAGAAAUAAAUGGGAACGUCUGUGCCAGCUCUUAUAGCAGUCAUAAUCCUUUGUUCACUUAAUAUACGGGCGCCACAGCAAUUUUUUUAUUUCACUCGCGGAUAUAGUAAUUCUGAUCGACGAGAAGCAGGGCCAUAUUUCCAGGCACUAAUAGGAUUGGAGCUUUGGAUGCGCUGCAGCCGCAGAAUCAUCUCACCGUCCCCGUAGCAAACAGAGCGAGGUUCGCACGAGUGAAGCAACACCCACGCGUUGUCCGUCGCACAGCCCGUGAGUGGUCGCAGGGCGGUUCCCGUCUACUCCAGAGUUUCCGCCUCGAGGUCGAAGCUCUGUCCGAGUAAACGUGUUGCCGUCCCUUCCCUUCGUUCUUACGCACCUUCAGACCCCCACCAUUAACGCAGAAAACCAUCUAAUUAAUACGACACUCUUUCUAACAUAAAAACUAGUACAUUUUUCUGUAUUUACAAGGCAUUUACUGACACCCUAAAUCACUUAAGGCAGCAUCGACUCAUACCCAUACACUCAGACAUAUCUUUUCAAGUAAUAGUUUAUAAACGGUUGGAAGUACCGGAACACGUUAACAGACUGUGGUAAGAUACAAAAGGGAUCGAAUUUUCUAUGUGGUUAAUAACAUUUUUAUGAAUGGAGAUGAUGAUUCAUCGAUGUAUUUUUAAUGGAACUAUACACUUCUUCCGGAAUAUUCGACAGUUCUUGAAAAGAGCAGUGCAAUGAUUAGCUUGUCAAGUCUCCAUACAGCGAAGCUGUUCGAAGAAAGAGGCGAGGGAUAUGCUAAAUAUGAAAACGCAGUUUCAUCUCCAGUGCCACAUAAACAUUGCGUAAUGGAGCAGCACUCUCGGUAUCCAUAAUUACAAGACUUUCCACGCCUCUUAACGAAAUGUGAUAGCGCUAACUUUAACGAGCAUCAUAUGACUGUUCACUUCUUUUCAAAGACUCACCAAUUCCAUAAAAAAUUAUAAUUCUGUUUCAAACCAUAGGCGUCUCAAUGUCUCGGAAAGUAACCGUAAGGGAAAUACCCUUCCCUUUGCCUACUGGUAUCUCGUCUUUAUAUAUUCUGUUCUUUCUGAAACAGUAGGAAUGACAUUUUUAUGUGGUCCUCCUCUAUAACUAGCGCAAUUUGUUAUUUAACAAUUACAAAAUAGGCAUUGUCAUUGUUUGAUUAUACCUCGGUGUAUUGUACGAUUUACCUAAUCAGGAACUGAGAUAUGUUAUCAGCAAUUUCUAAAAUUUUCACAUCUCCCAUUUUCACAUCCUUACAUUUAAUAACAAGUUUUUAAACUUACACGCCGUUUUUUGUUACAUAUUUUCCUACCUAACCUCCAGUCUUAUGCAGGACAUUUUCUACAUUUAAGUACCUUCCCCUUGCAUUACUGCAGAAGACUGCAUAACUACUUGCAAGGAACAUAAAAGAAUAAAAAACGAAACGAUCCACUUAGUAUACCUGAAACUUCCCACAUCCCAGCAUCUGUUCAUCCAUUCCCAAAAGUGAUCAUAUUUGUACAUUCAUUCCUUCUUACGUUCUAUUUCCCUAUUCGGUUCUCACUAACGAGGAUAGUGAUGUCACUGCAGUGACUACAAGCAGCUAUACUCCCACCUAAUAACUUUAAAGACGACGUCCAAAACGGCUGCUAGCGAAUUACGUCGGUGUUCGAUGCGUCGUGUUGGAAGAUGAAGACAGCAACGCAAUGUUAACCAUUUUCAUAACGUAACUGUUAUGUUUGUCUACUUUGACGUAGUUUAUUCCUUAUCACACUGUUUCACGUUGAACAUUUUAGGCUAGAGUAGAUUAGACAUUUUUUAUUUAUAUCUUACACGAUGGUAGCAAGUAAUUUAUAUUAAAUAUUGCAGUGCAAAUAGUACAGUUGUGAACUGUAACACUCGAGCCUGUACAAAUUUGAUAUGAAUAAAAAGAUUUGUUACAA